AGGACUCCCUCAGCUCCAAGGGCGGGUGGACUCUCACCCCGCGCAUGCCGUGGGAGGCGCCCUCCAAGAAGCUCGGCGCCAGCAACGGCACGACCGCCUCCUUCGGCUCCUCUGGGAGCCUCGAGACGGCCCCAGUGAACGGCAGGAUCUCGCAGGAGCUGCAGGCGCGCGUCACCGGCCAGCAGUUGACGAGCUCGCAGGAGGUCAGCGAGAUGCUCAGCUCUCAGCAGGACGACUUGAUGCGGGAGGUGCUCGGCCAGAGAGCCAACGCCUCCCGCGGCUUCAGCGACCACGCAAGCUCUCGGGGCACCGCGUGGACGACGGGGAGCGGAGGCAUGCGCGAGAGGGAGGCCCAGCACGUCCAGGAGUCCGUCGUGUGAGGCGGCCCUCGGGACGCGCGUCGAGGCCCCCGCACCUCGCCUGGCAUCGCCGCCGCCGUCGGCCGCGCUGCCGCCGCUCCUGCCAGAGCCCCUCGCGUCGACCA